ACUAUCUGGAAUUGGGUGGCUUUCCCACUUACCAAUUUACAAUAACAAAAUAUAGUUGCAAGACACACCAUUCCUCUGGCUCUUUCUCCCUCACUCUGCAGCAGGCUGAUCCCUUCUUUUAAAAGCCUGCCUGCUAAUUGACCAGCUACAGAUGAGCAUCAAUUAGUUCACAUCUCUGAGUCCUGUUACAUAGCAACUAGUGCUAUUGGAGCACUGACCCACCCUGCUCUCCAAAUGCUCCGCCCCAUGGACCCUUACCGUGGUUUGCAGAGUACCAGCAAUGUAUCUUACAAACCUAACCUCUCUCCCUGGGACAUUUAAUUGAGAAACCUCAGGCUGCUGUUUGGUAAAGCAGGCCUAAUAUAUCUUCCCUCAACAACCAUUCCAGUUCUCCAUCGAUAUUAAGAGGUUGGGAGACGCACAAGGUGAACCCCGGCUAAGAAGUCAAACUGUUCUAAAAUAGUUGGACUACUUACAAGAAGAGGGGGGUUUGGCACUGCUAUCACCAUAAUCACUACAGUACAGUGAUUAUGGUGCUUGUGGACCGUUCCUUUAAGUAACCAACCUGCCGUUUAAUUAAUUUGUUUUUCUGAUCAUCAAUUGUUGCCCCCGGCGUUUCAAUUCAUUAUAAGUGAUAUUUUAACGACGCAUUUCUCCUAUACACUUUUCUGCCACAGGUAUAGCUAAACGGCUAUGAAAACGCCCGGCUAGGAUUAUUAUAAUGGCCAGCCCCCUCUCCCAGCCAACUAAACAUGUAACUAUCGCAGCGACCGAAACACGCCUAACACGUUACUAGUCGGCUUGGGCUGACGCGGCACACGCACGCGGGUAAUACUUCCUGUCACGAGGUAUUCAAUUGGCCGCCUAUUAGUCUCCAUAGCAACCCGUAACGCCUUCGCGUUUAAUCCCGAUGUUGAUUGGCUGCAGACCCGGAAGUCACGGAUCAGCUGAUUUCAUGUGAUCUACUGAUGGAAAGUUUUUAACGCGGACUCCGUGGGGUAAACAUUGGGGGUCUCUGGUCUUGUUUUACAGUAGUCAGCGGUACCGAGUUUUAGAUGGGGGUACUGACAGCGCGCAAUGCUGGACCAAUGGGGGCUCUGUGACAAUGUAAACAAUGUAUUGCCAGCCCGGGGCCAGCCAGCCAGCCCAGUGCCAGCCACCCAGGUGUAUUGGGUGUAUUGGGAUAUAGCCAUGUAGACUCUGUUAGCUGAGCCUGGUUCGGGGGGUUAGGACUGGCAGACCAACAAUGUUUGCCAACCAUUACCACUUCUUAAAGCUGGUGGGGAGUGCAUGAAAAGUACUGCCAUGUUAGCAUUGGUAAACGUAUCGAAGAUGAUCCGUUAUCUAAAUCCAAAGUACUGAAUAUUUACCUUAUAUACUGACUAUAUAUAUAUAUAUAUUUAAUUGUCAGAUGCUCAUCUAUUGCACCUUGUAUUAUUACACAGAUUGUUUUAUACUGCAUUCAUAGUACAACUAUGGCUGUUUGGCAUAUUACCAUGUGAGCUGCCUUACAUUCUUCUGUGUCCUGAAGAAGCCGUAUUGAAUUUUGAUAGGUAUGAAUUAAUUGUAAUGCAACUUAAAUAUUAAAAUCUAUUACAGUUUCUUUGUCUAGUUAUACAGACAUACACAAGUUAUUAAUUAUUAUUUAUUUUUUUCUGCUUCAAAAUUAAAAUGAACCUUAUUCCAUCCAGUGAGGAAAUGUCCUACAUACCAUGUGACAUAGAUUUUAACUUCAAAGGCUUCAGCUUCCAUCAGGAGAAGUGCAGAAAAGGCUGUGGGUUCUAUGGAAAUCCUAUCUGGCAUGGGUACUGCUCCAGGUGUUGGAUCCAGCAAAGGCAAAAGUCACAGACUCAUCCCCUCACAGACGGGUACAAAGAUAUAGAUGCUCUUUAUCAACUUGAGUGAUAAAGCUGAUCUUAAGUUAGUGAUCUUUUAGGACCUUCACCAUGUACCUGGGCCAAUUUGACUGUCGUGUGUGUGUGUGUGUGUGUGUGUGUGUAUAUAUAUAUAUAUAUAUAUAUAUAUAUAUAUAUAUAUAUAUAUAUAUAUAUAUAUAUAUAUAUAUAUAUAACCGCUUGCACUCAUGGUCUUUUUAAAUAAAAUUUCCAUGCGUUAUUGAAGAAAAUUUAAAAGUUGUGGAUCAACGUUUCACUUUUUAUGAUCCUGAGAAAAGUCCCAAACAGGGACUGAAACAUUGAUGCACAACUUUUACAUUUUCUUCAGUAAAGCAUGUAAUUUUAAUUUAAAGACCAUGGCAUUUUAAUUUAAAGAUCAUGAGUGCAAGCUGAUAUAUAUAUUAUACAUACACCCCCCCCCCUCCUGGCUUGACAGGUACAUGGUGAAGGUCCUAAAAGAAGAUCACUAACUAAAGCAUGGAAAUGCCAAGUAAAUUUACUAAAUGACUAGAAUUGUACUGUUUUACAUGAUUUCUACAGCAGCUGAACUAUUUCUUUAGUUUUGGAUGGCAGUAAAAUAGAGUUUUUUUAAUUCUUUUAUAUAUAAUAUAAGUGUAUGUCUUUUUAUGUCAGUUUUCCAUUGGUUGUAUGCUGAUAAACUCUUGCUUGCUAGAAAUUGUCUGGUGUUGUAGCCCGAAUAAAAGUAUUACAAACUAAGUAAUAAUCUCCUCUUCCUCCAUCCCCCUUUAUUUUAAAAGAUGUACUUGCAAACCAAUUUACAAUAAUUGUAGGCUGUUCUUUUAUAGCAUGUGCUCCAAUAUAUUGUCUUAAGACAUGUGCAGAAACAUAUAUGGGGAGGUGAGUUUUGUUUUUGGUUUCUUGUAAACCUCAUGCCUAGACUCCAUGUACGUGUCACUACCACUGUCUAUGGCACAGAAAAAUGUCAGCCUCCACUUCUUGGUAAUUUAAAGGGACACUAUAGUCACCAGAACAACUACAGCUUAAUGUAGUUGUUCGGGUGAGUAUAAUCAUUAUAUGCAGGCAUUUCCAUGCAAACACUCUCUUUUCUGAGAAAAGGCAGUGUUUACAUUGCCCCUUGGGACACUUCCAAGUGGCCACUCCUCAGAUGACCACUGGAGGUGCUUCCUAGCUCAGUGCUGCAUAUUAGGCAGCAGUGCAGUUCAGCGUCUCCAUGUUCUGCAUGGGAAGGCUGAAUUUUACUCAUGAGGAGGUGCUGAUUUGGCCAAAACGACGUUUGUUCCCGUCCCCUUGGCGAUUUUAGCCAAUCCAAUGCUUUCCCCAUUUCAGCUCAUUAAUAGAAUUUAUUUUGUACAUUAGGUUUGGGGCUAUUUUGCUAAUCUUACCUGAUUUUAGUAAUAUGGUACAAGGGUAAUCAAGUCAGUAAUUUAAUAUUGGUCCCAGUUUCAGGCAUCACACUGCAAUACUCAAGGUAAAACCUGAACAAAGAAGAAAUGAAGACCUGUGGAAAAUACCAGAUACCGCUAGAAAUGUUACCAGUAAUGAUGGAUUUCCUCAUUCUCACAUUACUUACAGAUCUCUACCUGUUGCAGAUAGCCCAGGUAUGUUUAUAAUUCUUUUUUAUAUAAUAGACAUUUGUUUCUCCAUAUAUUAAUAUACUUUUUUUUUUCUGGUGAGAGUAAUGCAUGGCAUAGAGCAGGACUAUAAUUGUAUAUGUGGCAUAGUAUGUAGAACUGGAGAAAUCUACACGUACUUUAAGACUGCAGUGAAAUCUUUUGAAUUUUAGUCACCCUUAAAGAAGAAUUGUGUCCCUGGCUGAACUUCACAGAAGUUUUCAUUUUACAGCAACUGCAAACUGGCUACUAGUGACUUCUCAAUUAUUAGCAGGGUUAUUCAUAUGCCAGCUGAUGAUAAACCGAAUGCAGCUUAAUGAAGUGGUCUGGGUGCCAGGUCCAGCUAGGGUUAACCCUUUUUUUUUUUUAUAAACAUAGCAGUUUCAGAGAAACUACUAUGUUUAUAAAUGGGUUAAUCCAGCCCCUAAAGCCUCUAGUGGCUGUCUCAUUGACAGCCGCUAGAGGCGUUUGUGUGCUUCUCACUAUGAAAAUCACAGUGAGAAGACGCCAGCGUCCAUAGGAAAGCAUUAUGAAUGCUUUCCUAUGAGACCGGCUGAAUGCGCGUGCAGCUCCUGCCACGCAUGCGCAUUCAGCCAAAGAGGAGGAUCGGAGGCGGAGAGGAGAAGGAGAGCUCCCCGCCCAGCGCUGGAAAAAAGGUAAGUUUAACCCCUUUCCUUGCCAUCCAGCUCGGCGGGAGUGGGACCCUGAGGGUCCUUUAAGAAGCGUGCGAAUUGCACGGGACUCAGGCCAGAUGGUGAUGCGUCAGGGUUUUUGGACUAAAAUAUAAUACAGCUAUAUUAACUGUAAGAAAAAAAAGUAGAGCUUGGUGCCUAGCUUAAGAACACCAGUGAUUUUUAGAAGAGGGUAAAGGUAUAUGCAAUCCCCUUCCCACCAGCGUCAAUGCCUUCCCCUCACUGGUAGACAUCAAGGAAACUGCAGGUCCAACCUUAUUGUAUACCCCAUCCAAGUGGUCCCCAGAAAAAUAAAGACAGAAGAAAGAGGAGAGAGGAAAGAGGGGUGGUGGUGGGGGGGGGGAGGGAUUUAGUCACGAGGGGAGCAGGGGAGGUGAUGGGGGGUGUGAAAAAGGAGGCCACGUGACCGCUCUGAAAAGCGCCUGUAGAUUUUUUGUAAUUCAUCCAAACUUACUUCUCCAUUCUAGAGUAGGCCCAUCAAACCCCAGGUUUCAGAUUGCCACAAUAACCAAUAAAUGACUCCUGAUGCUUAGGUGUAUACUGUGUGUCGUGUAUUAAGCUGGAUUUGGAUGAUGAACAGCAUUGUGAAAUACAUACAUACAUACAUACAUACAGACUGAUGCACUCACGCAGUUUUUGGGGGGGAUUUUUUAUCUUAUUGCAUGUAACUUUAUACGUGAGUAUAAGACUAUAUUCUAGAAUCUUUUGUAUUUUAAAUUUUAGAAUUUAUUCUUUAGUUGCGUUGUGAUUGCAUGAUAUCCAUUCUUAAUUUUUACAUGUUUACUGAUCAUUAAUUUGUCUAUAACUCAAUCACUGGUGUGUUGUCUGUGCACUUUAAAAAGUCAAGGAUUUUUUUUUGGUAGCUUCACAUUCUUUUUAUUAAUUGCAUAAAUUUAGACCUAUUUUAUUUCUUUGAGAUAAUAUAUAAAUUAUGUACAUUAUCAGUUUGACCAUUAAGCGUUACCCUUUUUUUGUUUUCUGGGAGGUGCCUAAGCAAGAGGCAAACCUACAUUAAAAUGGGACAUGUUAACUUUACUGGCUAGCCCCACUCAAACUUGCCUAUUCCCAGAACACUAUAAAAGUUCUCUACUUAUUAAGCUGUGCUGUACUUAUUAGGGUAAUUUCUGUGGUGCGCUCAGAAGAACACCGGAGAGCUAACCCUAAUAAUAAAAAACCCUCAUCUAGGCACUAAUCUUAUUUGUUGUUUUUUUUUAAAUACAUGUAAUAUAAAAUCUAGAUUGGGCCAUUGCAUCCGAGUACUUUAGAGAAGUUCUAAGGGUCAUAUUCCCUGGCGAUAAAGGGGGAGUUCUGGAUCACUAGGGAAGUGAAGAGCAUGAGGUCUUCACCUCUGGAAGGGAGCAAUUACCUCGUGGAGGUACUCACUCUGCCUUGAAUCUGUCUCUCUGUAGCAACCUUGCCUAAUGCCUGCAGCAGUGCUAAAGUUCCAAACUUUGCCUGCUUGACAUCAGCAAUACCAAAUCCACACCCCUGUGAGAGAGCUUUAAAAUUAUUGGAUUGGCUUUCACCAUUCUUGGUACAAAGAACGGUAGCUGCUUUGUUGCUUAGAGCACCCUUUAAAAAGUUAAAUGAAAUAGUACUAAUUUUGUUUUCAAAAAAUACUUUUGUGAAAGUAAUUUUAAUAAAGGUCAAAUGGGCCAAAAAUUGUAAUAAGAGAAUGAGCGUGUUUUUUUGUUUUUGUUUUUUUUAUUCUUUAUUUUUGCAUGACAACAACAGUGACAUAGAAAUUGCAUUUUGGCUUGCGCAGAAGCCCCUAUACAACGGUGUAAGAGGUGGGGUUGCUCCAAGGCGAGCGUGUUUUUUUUUUUUGUUUUUUUUUAAGGCAAAUAGCAUGUGAAUCAGUGUAAAUUCUGCAAUUUCCUUCACUGUGCUUCUAGGUGGAAAAAUGCAAAGGGCUGUCACUGUUGUAUGCAAGGUACAGCUGGCUGUGACUGAAAGUGACUGGUACAUCAACAGUCAUGUUACUUUUCCAUUCAGACUCUUGGACCAUGGUGUGCAUUGACUCUGCAGUUGCUUCAGCCAAAGAAGAGAAAAAAAAAACCUUUGUUUAAUAGCGGACAGGAGGGUUUCUAGUUGGUAUCUGCCAACAGUUUGUAAUUCUAGUUUUGACAUUUUUGCAUGUCUUCUGUUCUGAACUUGAUCAGACUUGUGUAUUAUGCUAUAGAUUAUGUUAAGUAAUGUGUGAAACUCAUAUUCUAGACUUACAUGCAGUGUUAUCUCACAGGUUCUCUAUCUCUCUUGACCUUUCCUUGCCUCCACGCUUUGGCUCAAGGGGACUUCUCUGACUUUCUCAAAGCUCUUCGAAGGCCUGAUGCACAGAACCUAAUGACACACUGCACACGUUUCAUACAGAAGCUACAGGAUACUGAGGUGAAAUUUGUAGAGUGAUAACAUUAAUAGAAGUAAAACUCUAUUAAAAUAUUUUUUUUUCCUGAUAAAGUAGUGAAAUGCACCCAGAAUAUUCAUUGAAGGAUUGCUACAACCAAAAAGUGUUUUAAUAAAACACUAUUUUAAUUGGUGUUACCCUUGCUGGCUUGGUCCCCCUGUUUAAAAAUGAAAAAUAGUAAUAAAGAAAUAAAGCAAAAAUGGAUGUGUGAUCACACGCUGAGGUCAUUUUCUCUGCAGCUUGAGCCUCCUCCAGUGAUGUCACUGGCCCUAACUGCAGAGGGAAAACAUCCCAGAGGAUGAGAUGAGGGGAGGACCUGGGAUACACGGCAGGGGGGGACAUACUGCCAUUGGUCAUCAGUCACCAGCAUGCUAUGUGUGCUGACAACAGAUGCUCAAUAUGUACAGAUUUAACAUCAGCCAACCUGAAUCUCUUCUUCCAGGCUGGCUAACAAUGCUGCUAGACCUCCAACAGUAGAGUGCAUUAUCUGUGUAUGUUCACCUGCUGAAGUAUUUACUGAUGUGAGUUGAGCAGCGGUAAGCCUCAAACAAAUCUAACACUGCUAUCUGACUACCCGCUGGUCCAGAGUGGUCUAAUUUGAACAACUGUAGCAUAAGGCUGCAACAUUAAAAAAAAAUAAAAAAUUUAAUUAUGUAUUCGUCUCGUAGUGAAGGGGUUAAUAUGCAUAUACAUGCCACUCUCAACCCAUUUUAUGUUUCAGAUCCUGACAUUGGAUGACAAAGGAGAACAAGUACAAGAGUUCUACAGCACGAUUGGCAGUCUCUAUCCUGGUGAGAAUAUGAUGCCCAAAUGUAAUUAGUGGCAUUUACAAUUCUCAUAUAUCACUUUAGUUUGUACCACCUUUCAGAAGAUUAUUAACAAAGAUCUGUCUAUUUGAAACACUUGACACCAACAGGGCUAUUCACUAAAUUCUGAAUUGUAGCAAAUUGAAAUCUGAUUUGCAAACAUAAAGCAACACUGUCAUGUUUUCUUCAGUGGGAUUCUAUUUACUGAUAGAUUGUGUGUAGAUUAGCUAAGCAACUGAAAUGGAACUUUGCUUAAGCUCUGCCUUUUGUUAAACCUUGCCAACCAGCACCUCCCCACCAGCACCUUCAAUGUAAACCCGCAUUGCUGCAUAAAUGUUAUUCGGCCCCAGGUACACUCCUGGUCAUGUGGUAAAGGGUUGCUACACAAGCCUGCUAGGUAUCCUAGUAUUCUCAUCAUUCGGGCCAGAACAGAUGGAAACCGCUUCCAUUUCUGUCUCCUGGUUGCCUGCACAGUUCUCUGUUAACACGUCUUAGAGUAAACAUCCCGUCCGGCUAGGGUCUCCCAGAAGUGGACACGUGGUCACAUUUAUUCAUCAAGCCCAGAGCUAUGGGUGUGCAGUUGGCUGUUUCACCCUGUCUGCCGUUCGUGGCAACGUCUGACAUUUUGAGGUUGGGAGAUGGUAGGAGCACAUUGCUAGCCCAAAUUUCAACAAGUAGGUGGGGACCAGGAUAUGCGUUGGGUUUCUGAAGGCCCAAUGCCACGGCCAGCAGCUCUGCCUUGGUCCGGGGAUUGCUGCUUUCUCCAUCGGAAUGGGCGACCUGGCUGCAGAUACUGAGACGUGGUGAAAUAAGGUGACUAACCGAAAUUUGUGAGCUAUAACUGUCUCCACUUUUAUCUGACCAACUGCUGCUCAGUCUAACCUGCCUCCUGCUGGGAUUGCUCGGUGUGAACAUGCAGAAGCAGGCAUGUUAGGUAAUGCUAGUGUAACUAGAGGCCUUGGCUUUGGCCAGGAAUUGUUUGCUUAUUGGUAAAUUACUUGUUUUACAACUAUUCUUUAAAUGUCCUUUGGAUAGGUUUGUACAUAGGCCUUUGUAGGAUGUAACACUCUUCUCAUCUCCUGCAGAUCACAUGACAGAGGAGAGGGAAAAGCUGUUAAAUAACAUUGAGAAGCUUGUGAUGACACGAUUAUAUAAGUCCGUGUUCUGUUUGGAUGGUUCACAGGAUGAGCAAAAAGAUCUGUGUUUUCAAGCUCAGAUUAGGUGAGUGACAUUCCUUUAUAGUGAAUGAGCUAAACAAAUGGAGGGCAGGCUGGCAGUACCAUUGUAGGUGGGCACAAUUACAAAGGAUGAGAGAAGUCAGGAUUAUUUUAACUAAUACUGUUUCAACCUUGUUGGUUGUUAGAGAUGUGUAAAAGCAUAUGCAGAAGAAGUGCUCCAUUAACUGUUUUUAUUAAAAAAUAGACAGUAAAAGUUGGACUGUUUGACUGUGGCUGUGUUUUUACAUCUGAGGUAAACUGAAACUUUUUUUUUUUACAAAUUCUUUAUUUUUGAAGUGCAGAGCUAAGUACAUGCUUUAUUAUGGAUAUGUGGCAUGAUAACAAUAUGUAAAUGUGAAAAAUCAGGAUAUGCUGCACUACAUCUUAGAUAUUGCUCAUGUACAAUAUAUUGGGCAAUUAAGAAAGUGAUAUCCAGCAAGUAAAACUAUAGACUGCACUUUUUUUUUCUUUUUCUUUUUUUUUUUAACCUAAUUUGUGUAAUGUUAGACAUCUAUAGAGUGCAGCCCCCUCCCACCACCAGGUUGGCUAAGCAUCAUACAGAUGAAGUCCCAGCAUAUAGGCAAUCCCGGCAUGAUCUGCUCUGCUAGCCCCAGGUCACAUCAUAGGCCUUUUGUGCCCUUGGAUCCAGCUCUCCCAUGAGCCGACAUCAAAGUCCCUGUAGAGUUUGAUCCUUCCGAGUUUGAGACAGCAAGGAGAUGUCGUCUUCUCGAGGUCCAUAUGAGUGAAUUCAGGAACCAGGUCCAACUCCCGGAUUUUGUGGUGUGAGUAGCCAACAGAACUUCUCCGACUGUUUGAGUAUCGCAAUGGUGGCCUCCUGAGCAUGGUCCAGAAAUGUGAACUGGGGUCAUCCAGCUCCACCAUUAUUGAAUCUGCAUGCAAGAUAGCGGCCCCACUCCCCCUCCCCUCUGGUGGGGGUAAUCCCCCUUAUGGGGGCUGCACUCGCCGGGCCGAGAGUUUCUGCACUGGCCCAGGCUGUUCUCUUUGACUGGCAAAGGCUGCCGAAAAGGGGCCUGCUAGUAAUAGGGAUUAAAGGGACCUAUGCAACCUUAUUAUGGGGCACCACAGUCCGCAUUUUCAAGACCGGGCCACGGACAGAUGACCCAGACUGCCAACAAGCUGACGACACGGGUUCUCGACCUCUGGGUUUGGUGCAGGCCUUCCAGCGCUUUUGGUCUCAAUUCUGGGCUACAAUAAGCCAAAGAGCAGAGAAGGAUGUUACAGCAAGCUCCACACGGACAAACCCUGGAAGAGUCCUCAACCCACAGCCUGCUUUACUUGGCCGUGACAUUGCUCCGAAAGCAAGAAGGAGGAGGAAGAAGAAGCGGGCACCUCAAUCCCGGGGGCUCAGCACUGCUGGCAGCCACAACUUACCUAAGCCUCAAUCUGACCAGGGUCGACCUCGCUUGCAGAGCUCAACCCCUCGACCAGUGUAAGCUAUCUCACAGGCCUGGGGCCAGAUGGGAAGCAUACCCACGCAUGGAACUUCUGCCUUGUGCCCGAGUCUCGCUGGCUCCAUGACAGCUCUACACUCCAUACAGCACGAACCUGUGAAUGGGACAAUUAGCCUCUAUGAACUCUCGGUGUCCACCGUAAGCUUGCCGAUCAGCGGAGUAGGCGGAACGUGCAUUUUGUACUGUGUGCUUGCAUAUGCUCUGAGUCCCCUCUGAGUUCAAAAGCCAUUUGCCAAACUUAACAUGUCUACCAUUACUAAACUAUACACAGUUGUGCUUCACCUAGCAUGUCCAUCUGUCUCAGGUUAACUUUAGUUCUAGAACUUUUGGCUUUACCCAGACGCCAAGUUGACAGUGGCAAUAUAACUAUUAAAAAUGUCAGUUAAUAUAGCGAGAUAUAUUCCCUGUUUUCCCUUAACUCCCCAUUUACAUGUUCCAUAUCGUGCUCAUGUUGUUAUUUUUAUUUUUACGUUUUUCAUUCUCCUCACCUGUCAAGAUCUCUUUGAGAUUACUCUACUAAGGCAUACCAAUACACUCUGUCAGUUUAGGCACUCUACUCUUCCUAAUACUCCUGACUGCUACUUUACUGACAUUGUGACCAAGCAUGUUUUAUUGAAGUGAGAAUCUCACUCCUUAGCACACAGUGCUUAUGAUAGAUCUAUAUACACCUACUGCAGUCUUUUGGUUUUUACCUUCUACACCAGCUGCUCGUAUAAGCCUGUGUUAUCUCAAAUAGUAAUGGUUAUGCCUAUGUAGCUAGCUGUACUUACCAGGGAUACAGAUCAACGUAUUGCUCUGUAACUUACUUGGCCUGGUCUGUCUCCUGGCUAUGCAGCUCACUAAUGUUGGUAAACACACAGCCUGUACACUGCAUAUUAGCUAGUUAGAAGAGACCAGCCACGUUCCUACUCUGUCAUAUCAUAAGGCAAGCUACUGUUCCCUUUAUGUUAUUUUUUUUUUGUUGUAAUGAAGCUUAAGAAAGAAUCCCUAUAUACUUACAAAAAAAGUGCAAUGUUUUAUUAUUGCCAUGUGAUCAUAUGUGACUAUAAACCUGGUUGCCCCAGCUGUUGUGGCAGUGCACAUCCUCCUGUUAUUUAUCUGCACGAAUAAAAUAAAGAAUUAAAAAAUAAAUAUAUAUUAAACAUAUGUAUGGACUCUGAUAAAACCACCUCUUCAGGCAGAGAAUUCCAUAUCCUUAUUGCUCUUGCUGUAAAAAAAAAAAAAAAAACCUUUUCUUUGCCUUAGAUGAAAUCUCCUUCCUUCCAGCCUAAAUGUGUGACCUCGUGUCCUAUGUAUAGCCCUGUUUAUGAAUAGAUUUCCAGAUAAUGGUUUGUACUGGCCUCCGAAUAUAUUUGUAUAAAGUUAUCAUAUCCCCUCUCAGGCGCCGUUUUUCCAAACUAAAGAGAUUUAAAUUUUUUUAUAGUAAAAACCAAAGGAAAAAAAGGGUUACCUGCGCUCUCUCCUUAAUCCCUAUGUAUAUUUAAACAAAUGGAGGUAAUUUAGUUACUCCAAUGGCCACUGGAGUGAAAGCCCGCCUGCCAACAUCAAGUCAGAUCACCCUAUACGGGUCCUACUCUGACCCUUCACCUUGCUUCCUUGAGCCUCUGGCAAAGAUAUCUCUAAUGACACAGACAUUUAAAUUUUUUAACCUUUCUUCGUAACUAAAAUGCUCCAUUCCUUUUAUCAAUUUUGUAGCUCGUCUUUGCACUUUUUCUAGUGCCAUGAUAUCUUUCUUUAGAAUAGGUGCCCAAAAUUGCACAGCAUGUUCAAGGUGUGGUCUUACCAGCGAUUUAUAAAGAGGCAAAAUUAUAUUUUCAUCCUGAGAAUUUAUGCCCCUAUUUAUACAUGACAAAACCUUACUGGCCUUAGCAACUGCAGAUUGACAUUGCAUAUUGCUGCCUAAUUUGUUGUCUAUAACAAUUCCCAAAUCCUUCUCGUGUGUGGUUAUCCCUAAUUCACUACCAUUUAGGGUGUAAGUUGCUUGUGCAUUCUUGAUCCUGAAGUGCAUAACUUUGCAUUUCUCUACGUUAAAUUUCAUCUGCCAUUUUAGUGCUCCAUCCCCAAAUCUAUCCAAAUCCCUCUGCAGCAAAGCCAUAUCCUGCUCACAUUUUAUUACUUUACAAAGUUUUGUGUCAUCUGCAAACACUGACUGGCUUUCAAUGCCUAUUUCAAGAUAAUUUAUAAAUAUGUUGAAUAGAAGUGGUCCCAAAACAGAACCCUGAGGGACACCACUUUUGUCCAGCCUGAAAAUUUACCAUUAAUGACAACUCUUUGUACUCUAUCCUUAAGACAAUAUUCUACCCAAGAACAAGAAUAUUCAUCUAGACCAAUUUAUUUUAGUUUGAAGACUAACCUAUUGUGAGGAACCAUAUCAAAUGCCUUGGCAAAAUACAAGUAGAUUACAUCCACUGCAACAACCUGAUCUAUACUUCUACUUACUUCUUCUUAGAAUGCAAUUAGGUUGGUUUGACAUGAUCUAUGUUUCAUAAAACCAUGCUGAUUAUUGCUAAUAACAAAGUUCUUAAUAACAAAGUUUCCUUAAUAGCCCUUCAAAUAUUUUCCCAGUCACAGAAGUUAAGCUUACAGGUCUAUAAUUUCCAGGCAAGGAUUUUGAACCCUUUUUAAAUAUAGGAACGACAUCUGCCUUCCUCCAAUCCCCUGGUGCAAUACCCGAAACAAAAGAAUCUUGAAAAAUUAAAUACAGAAGUUCACUUAUUUCCCCACUUGGCUCCUUAAUUACUUGUGGGUGAAUACCGUCAGGCCCUGGAGCUUUAUUUACAAUAAUUUUCUUUAACUGCUGUAGCACCUUGUCUCGAGUCAUCCAAUCACAAGUUAUCUGCAAGUUUUUUGCAGCAAUCAUUUUCAUAUCUCUUGCCAUAGGAUCCUAAUUAAUAUAUACGUUAUUUAAAAUGUCUGCAUUUUCCUGGUCUUCAUUAGCUAACAGACCCAUCUCUGUUUCCAGUGUACCUACACUUUCAUUUUUUUUAUUUUGUUUUUAGAAUUGAUGUAGUUGUUCCCUUGUGAGCAUCUGCUGAUAAAUGCAACUUUUUAUUUUUUUAUUUUUUGUUGAGGGGAAGAAGUGUCUCCAUGACUCACUGAAAACGUUUGAGAUCAGGGCUUCUAAAUGGCCCCUCUCUCCAUAUUUCUCUAUAGACAAAUUAAAUUGUAAAAAAAAGAACAAGGUAGACCAUCUUUUGCUUGCACAGACAUAUGGCAACAUUUUGAAAAUACCACCCAAAUUGUUGAUUAUUUGCUUGCUUUGAUCAUUCUUAUACAUUAUGAUCCUUCUAAUUUGUUGCUUAAUGUUUAGGUCUUUAGUUUGGGUCACUCCUAAGAUGCUGCAGCUUUCCCUUCAUGAAAGUAAUAAAGAAGCCAAUGACUUAGUACUUUCUGCUGUCACCAGUGAGUAAAAUCUUUCUCAUAUUUACCUUUCUCAUACAUCAUAUUUACCUCAGGGGAGCUCUAGAUGUUGUAAGACCAAUACACUAUCAAUGACCAAUUUUUGCUAAUUCAUGAUGUAAAGUUGUGCUUUUAUUAAAGACAUAAAGGCGAGUAUAAUGCAGGUAUCCAUUGGCUGAAUGCGCAUGCUCAAUUCUCAAUGCUUUCCUAUGGACACUGGCGUCUUCUCACUGUGAAAAUUACAGUGAGAAGCGCCUCUAGCGGCUGUCAAUGAGACAGCCACUAGAGGCUGGAUUAACCCUAAUGUACGUAGCAGUUUCUCUGAAACUGCUAUGUUUACAGCAGGCAGGGUUAAUCCUAGAUGGACCUGACACCCAGACCACUUCAUUGAGCUGAAGUGGUCUGGGUGCCUAUAGUGGUCCUUUAAAUCUCUUUAAUUUCCCUUAGCAGCAAAGAAAUAUAAGGUACUUUACCUGAGAGAAAAACAAGUAAGGAAAGUGUUAACGUUAGGAAUCCAACAUAGACAAUCAGUACAUCAUAAUUCACCAGAGAGGGAAAUGUCUAAAACAUGGGUCUUAGCUGUACUGGUAGAAGCAUCAGCAUUGGCAACGUUAAACCUAUUAGAGGAUUGCAUAGGAGUGCCAUUCCAUAUUACGGGCUGAUGAUUACAUAAUGGGGCCAUUACUAUUCUGCAAAACUGGAUUAAUUUAGAAGUUCUUGCUUAGAAAGAGACCUAGAUUUAAUGGCAGUAAAUAACUUGGUUAACCAUUGAAACUAUUAGCUAUAUGAAGAUCCAUAUUACUUUUCAGUUCCCCAGUGGUUUAAUACAAUUAUAUAUUUAAGAUAAUUCUCUCAUAUGGUGUAUUUAAAAUGUUCUUUGCAAAAAUUAUUCUAUAUUGUAAAGUGAUAAUACUUCUGUGAGACACAUAAUAUAAAAUGUUACACUCCAAAUGUAGCAUUUGUAAUAUUAUUGAAAAUAAAGCAAACGCGUGUAUGCAAAAAGUAACAAAUUGGUAUGCUCCAGAUGUAAGACAUGGAAGAUGAUCUGGGUAACUCCAGUUUACCAUGUUGACUUGCAAAGUCCAUCUCGAAAUUGUCCACAGCUUGAAUGUGACAAAUUUAUGUUGGAAGAUUCUGCCCAAUGAAGAAUCUCGUACACUUCAUUGUCACCUCUUCAAAUCUGUUCCUAAAGCAAAAACUAUAAACGCCUGCUGACUCAAAUUAAUACCUUAAAGAUAGAUCCAAGUUCUGAACCAAAACAAAACCUAGAAUUUCAUUAUGUGUUUGUUCUUCUGCAAUUUAUAGGGUCACACCGGCACUAAUAGAACUUUAAAACAUUUGAUAGAUUUUGGCUUCAUUUAUAUGCUAAAUAUUUUUACAUGCUCAAAUCUCUAUAGUUUUUGCACAAAAAAUAAACAAUUGUUUUGCAGAAUGCUGUAACAUAAGUCUACUUCCUUAAACACGCCCCCUCGUGCCAGAAAGACUCCUGUAUCAAAAGUAUGGACACAGUUUGCAGAAGCUUUGAUAUACCCUUGAGGCUUCCAAGUUUAGCUCCCGUGGAUAAUUGUAUCAGUCAUCCUGUUCUUAUUUAGCUUUUGGUUUAUUUUGUGUGUAAAAUUAUAAAACCUAUCUUAAUUGUUUUUCCUUUUUGUUUUAGCUCUUGUGGAAAUUGAUUCAAAGAGAGCACCUCAAGACAAACUGGCCUGUGUGUCUAAAGCCAGCAACUUCAUUUUUAAAGCCAUUAGUGUUUCCAAGAUUGAGCCAGCAACAGCAGAUGACUUUCUAUCGUACCUGAUAUUCACAAUUCUCAAGGCUAAUCCACCCCGGCUCCUCUCAAAUAUACAAUAUAUUACUAGGUUUUGUAAUCCAAAGAGACUUGUGAGUGGGAAGGAUGGGUACUGCUUUACCAGCUUUGUAAGUAGUUUUGUUUUCAUAAAUUUUUGACAAUUGUUAUUACUGAAAUUGUCCAUAAAGGGCAUCCGUUUUAUAAGCCAAAUUCAUACUUUCCUGAUAAAUUUAUACAAACCACUUAUCAGUCACUGAUGGGAUAAUGGAUAGUAGAGCAAUAAACCAUCCAGCACUUUUUAUCAUUUGAGCCUCCUUAUUGAGGCAGGUACACAAACAGUGUUUCAGCCACACAGAAGGUCUUUGUCAAAUUAUAUACCAACCUUUGCAUUCAAAACUGUAUAAAUUCUUCUAGAUACACUUGCACACAGUUUUGUAAGGAGGCAGCCACUAGAGGUGGAGAUAACCUACCAAGGUAUUUAUUGCAGUUUCUUACAAAAUGCAAUAAUUACCUUUUCAGGGAUAAGGGACCUGGGACACUACACCCAGACCAAUUCAAUGAGCUGAAGUGGUCUGGGUGCAUGUAGUGUCUCUUUAAGACACUUGACCUUGAAGAAUUGAUGUUAUGAAGACCAUUUGACUGAUGCAUUGUGGGUAAAUUUUAUUGGUAACAGAACCAGAUCCUUGCUUUAAACUCGGCCCAGUGUCUUGUUUUGUCAGGUUGACUACUAUAGGUAGGUAAGGAAAAGUAGUCCCUAUGUAUCUUAUGAAACCUUGAUGACGUUUUUUUUUUUUUUUUUUGAUGGUGACAGAGCCGCUUUAAAUGUUAGGUUGGUGAUCGUAAAGUCACUGCACACAUUUAACCCCAUUUUACACAAAUCGGAAAGUGUGGGCAGUGCUGAAGAAUAUGCCUUAUGGAGAGAGGGUCACUGUGAAAGCAGUUGUCCUCUGUGAAUACAGAAUAGGAUAACCGUGGUGACCACUCCAGAUACUCAGGUUAUGCUAAGCUGCAAUUCCAUACAGUAUGGAUAUUCUCUUGCUUGACCUAUCCAUGACAGCAUAACUCAUAGAGUAUUGACUCAUCCCUCACCGGUGAUAAUGUGCAGGGAGAAUGGGUACCAACAAGGCAGAUUAUCCUAUCAAUGAAGAACCUCAUUUGAAUGGUGGCAGAAAAACACUGGAGAUUAUGAGGAGCACAGGGAAAGAAGGGUAGUGUAAAGGUUUCUGCUAUACGCAGGAGACAAUGGAGAUACACUGGGAAUUGCAUUUAUUUAGUAUCAAACACGGUGGACCUGGUAGUAUUAACAUGUGUAGUGUAUUUGCCAAAUGUUACUUGACAUAUGUCAAGUGGUUUUGUUUAGUGUCCUACUCUCUGUAAUUAGGGAAGUAGUCUAUAUUUUAGAACUGCAGUAGUUUUAAACAUCAGUGCUCUUUCACCCUAUUUAAUUGUAUACCAUCAGUGGCUGACUUAUGAAUUGUAAGCACAUUAGGAAGAUAAAAAGCUUGUAUUCUUGCUUUUUUUUUUUAGCCAAUACUUUUAUUUUUGUCUUGAGUUAUUACAUAUACUCAUUAGUGAAAGUAUGUUUUAAACAAUCCUUUUCUUUCUUUUUGCUACCUUUCUUCAAGUGCUGUGCCAUUUCAUUCAUCGAGAACAUCAAUGCCUCAUCUCUUGGUCUUACCCAGAAGGAGUUUUCUCAGCUGAUGCAGCAGGAGAGUUCAGUGAGCAGGACCAACCAUUCUGUUAUAAUACAGGGCACAGUAGAGCAAAUGGAGCAGAACAAGGAACAGCUAGCAGAACUACACCGCCGCCAGGAUCUCCUAAUACAGGAGAUUGAAAGACUAGCAAUAGAGGUGAGAGAAUGGUCUCUGGCUGUUCAAGAAGAAAUCCGGAAAGUCAUCCAGAAGUUACCGCUGGCAACUAAAUGUGCUACAACAAGCCACAACUAAAGGCCACACUCAUUGUUUUCAAUUAUAAAAUGGACUUAUGCAGAGGUUGUACAGGCCUCCUCGACAUUCCAAGCUGCUAUAAGAAUUCUUUCUAUGUGAGCCAAAAUAUGAAGGAUAUUCAAUUAAUGUACACUUAAAAAUUUAUUCAAUGUUAUUGUAAUACAGUCUACUGAAGAAAUUGUACCAGGGGUGUGGAUAUAUGGCCAAUCCUUUACCUUACAGUAACUUUUAUAAUCAUUGUCAUUUAACAUAUUUAACUUAUGGUAUAUUUACAUUUAUUUAUUAUCUAGAAAUUUCUCUGCGUAUGUUAAUAUUUUCAUAAGAUGUAUAAUUCAAACCUCCCAUGCUCUCCUGUUCCAUUUUCAAAAUUAGAUUAGAUGAUUUAGGUGUGUAUGGGACAGUGCAUGUAGUGUUAGUGACAGCAUUGUUAUUUGAAGAAUUGCUAAGCACAUCAAAUGGAGAGGAUGAUUGAAAUGCACUGUUGACACAGAUGUUUACCUGGCACUGCAAUUUUGGGCCAACUCUGAGGUAAAUGCUAGAUUUGGAAGAGUCCAGCGGAGGUUACCAACAAAUCCACAUGCAAAAAAAGACUGGUAUCACAAGACUUUUUUCACUUUCAAUCACAUUGCAUAUUACUGAACAUUAACUGUUUAUUAGCUCCUGACAAUGGAAUUUAUUUCUCUGUCUUUAUACUGCCUGGGUAUAAAAGAUAAUACCGUAUGUUAUUUCUCUUGUUUAAACGUAUACGUCCGUGUUAAAAGCGCAAUUAUAAUACGAACUCUUGGCAUGCUAUUGAGGUUAAGUGCUUAGCCUUAGACAACAUGGUUACAAAUGUAAUCAAUUUACAAACUAGUUACAAAAACCAAACGUAUAUUUGCUCUUUGCCACUUAGUCACACAAAUAAUGUUCUUUCAUGUCAGAGAGGCUUCUGAUUAUUUUUCCUUUAGUGUAACUUCAUAUCUGCCCUCCUCUCCCUAUACUAUACAAAUAAUAAAAAGGCAGUAACUGACUAUAGGGAGGAAUAAAGUCAUCAGUUUGGCUCACACUAAUAGCACGAAUAAUUCACUAGCUGAGGUACACGGCACACUUUUCAAUCUAGAAGACGUUUUGUGAAACUGGGAAAUGUAGCUGGGGAGGGGAUUAAUUUUUCAGAAUUAUUAAUUUACUUAUUUAGCAAAAUGAAAGAUUUGGACAAGGAGAAAAAUACAGCAAGAAUAGGACAAAAGCCUGGAGCCCCAAGUAUGGGUCCUGUAAAAAAGCUGCUGGUCUAAUAUUGGCACCAUUUUAUUGUUAGUCCUGAGUCCCCUGUAAUACUGAGAGAGAAAUAACCUAGAAUUCUAUCAUUUGUGACAUAGCACCAUAUUUGGAGUUAAUUAUAUAACACAGUGUUGUGGGUAUUGCUAUGGAUGCUGGAUUUAUUGCAGUGGGCUAAAUGGUUAAUAUAGCAAAUCUUUGGGUUAACACAGCAGGUGUGGCUCUUGUAAUUUCGUGUAAUACCCUGAAUUGGAUUGAUGUCCUAGUUUAGGAAUUAGGGUUGAACUAAGGGCGUAGAACAGGGCUGGUUUAAGAGAGUCUUAAGUAACUGUGUUGGGGAGAGGAGGAAGGUUGUUUUUGUUCCCCUUAUUUUAAGUCCCUCCAUACAUAUUUUGUGUAUAUCUUAUAAUUUAAUUUAAUAUUCUAUAUGUAUACCUAACACAACAUUAGGUUUAAAUAAAAUGUUAAAAAUGGGGUGGGUGCAUUUUUCAAAUAUUUGCUUAAAAUUUUUACACAUCCAAUG